AUGUUCAACUCCUGUCGUGACCCAACACCCUAGAGGCGGAGCAAAUAAGCUGAGACGUCAGGGCCAAAAAAAAAAAUCAUCCUAGCCAUGCAAGCUAUCCCUCUGCUCAGCUGCUCCCAGCCCACAUCCAUGGCUUGUGUGACAGCAUCGGAACACAGAAGCCGCGUUGAAAUGCAGUUAGCAGUACAGCUGGGAGACAGGCAUGGAGGCGACGGUCCAGUGACGAAAAUGAGCUUCCCGUGAGCUUGGUAGUCGACUGCGGUGCUUGUGAAGGGGCCUGGGGCUUCCCCUAGCAGCAGUGCCAGGCUCGGUGCAAAAAAUACCCCGCGGUGCAACUCAGUUUCUUUUGGUGACUGCGGUGUUCCCCCCCCCCCUUUUUUCUCCCCUUUCCCGUGUCCUCUUCUCUAGGAUGGCGGAAGCAGAAUUGCACAAGGAAAGGCUGCAAGCCAUAGCUGAAAAAAGAAAAAGACAGGCUGAAAUAGAAGGCAAGAGGCAGCAGCUUGAUGAACAGAUCCUUCAGCUGCAGCAUUCCAAGUCCAAAGCACUCCGAGAAAAAUGGCUGCUACAAGGAAUGCCAGCUGGUACUGCAGAAGAGGAAGAAGCUAGAAAGCGACAGUCUGAGGAAGAUGAAUUCAGAGUUAAAAAACUUGAAGAUAAUAUUCACAGGCUGGAGCAGGAAAUACAGACACUAGAAAGUGAAGAGUCCCAGAUAUCUGCCAAAGAGCAAAUCAUCCUAGAGAAACUAAAGGAAACAGAGAAAUCUUUGAAGGACUUUCAAAAGAGCUUUUCCAAUGCAGAUGGAGAUGCAGUAAAUUACAUUUCCACCCAGCCCCCUGACUUGCCAAUCCUCUAUUCACGAACAACAGAAUCAUCUCCUGAGCAAGACGGGACGAGCAGGGUAGCUGCUGUGUACGCCAUGGAAAUUAAUGUGGAGAAAGACAAACAGACAGGAGAGACCAAGAUUCUCUCUACAUCAACCAUUGGCCCAGAGGGGGUCCAUCAGAGAGGAGCCAAAGUCUAUGAUGAUGGUACCAAAGUAGUCUAUGAGGUGCACUCGGGAGGUACCGUGGUAGAGAAUGGAGUUCAUAAAUUAAGCUCAAAGGAUGUAGAUGAAUUUAUUCAGAAAGCUGGACAAUCAAACAUUAGAGGAGGACAUGAAGCAAAGGCUUUGUCGGAGAGGACUGUGAUAGUAGACGGGAGACUCGGCCAAACAAACGAACAGAUGCUCUGCAAGGAGGCAAAGUUAGAAAUGGUCCACAAAUCACGGAAAGACUAUUCUGCCGAGAGCCUAGAACGACAGGCGAAAGUCCCUAGAGCUGAAGUCCCAGAUGGGAGCAUGGACCAGCCAGUGACCAUGAUUUUCAUGGGCUACCAAAACAUAGAGGGUGAAGAAGAGGCUAAAAAGGUGCUAGGGUAUGACGAGACCAUCAAAGCUGAAUUGGUGCUCAUCGACGAAGACGAUGAGAAGUCACUUCGAGAGAAGACAGUGACAGACGUGUCCACUAUUGACGGAAAUGCCGCCGAGCUUGUCUCCGGGAAGCCCAUCUCGGACACCACAGAGCCCUCCUCCCCUGACGUGAAGGAAGAAAGCCUGGCCACAGAACCAGUUCCAGGUACCCAAAAGAAAAAACGCUGUCAGUGCUGUGUUGUCAUGUGACCACUUCUCUCUCCUCUCUCCUUCUGAGGAGCCUCUGCUCCCUCUGUCACUUACAUAGACCUCUUUGUACAACUAACUGCAAUACUGUGAACUGGAAGUAAAGGCCUUCAUUGCCUUGCAGGUGGAUGGCUUUGAUUUCGCUUUCCUCAAUAAACUGAACCAUGAUGUUCUUA